UGAAGAAGGGAAACUUGCCGAGAACGUGAAAGGUGCGUCCAUUUUCAGUUUCCAGGAUGAUAGACUUGAUGUAGAAGACAAACCACUCUUGAGUUGCCACACAUUAAUCGUCAGUACCGUAUGGUGGCAGUUGUGAUUGUAGAGUCACAACAAAAGCAUCCUGAGGAGCUGGAAAUAUCGGCUAGAUAUUGCGAUCGAGUUUCAGAAUGAAAGUGUAAAUACGCGGCCUAGAAUGAAUUUCAUAAGCUGGUGUAAUGUGAUUGUCCGCACUAAGGCAACAAACAGAGUGAAAGUAGGAUGUCUUGGCAACUGAUAGCACUGGCCUGCAUUAAGGUCCUUACUCAUUGGACCAUCGACAAUCCGAGCCCUAGGGUCCUUACUCAUUGGACCAACAACAAUUACAUGCAAUUCAAUACUUGUGUACUUCACAAGGAAUCAGGAAACGUAUCCUGGGCUCUUUCGAUAAAUUCGAACCCAUGUGUCUGUCUUGUACUCAUGUCUUGUACUCGUGAGACAGUCAGCAGCGUGCAAUUCAGCCAAGCUUUGUGUCAGGCCGCCUUUAGAGAAGAGUAUAUACAUCCAGUACCUCUGCGUGACUCCACUGAACGUAUGAUCAGGGGCAGAAUUGACUGUCUGUGGCAGAUGUAUUGGGGCAAAGGCUCCGUCGACAAAGCAGACAUGAUUCUUGCUUGCCCUCUGUCCCAGAAUCCAACACAACUACUUCUCAGCUCUGAGCUUGCUGCCGAAAAAGAAACAACCGGGACUCGAAUCGCUUUUUGGCCACGCUACGGCUGCGAGCUGCUGGGAGACUGUCCCUGCCAGCUGAAAGGAGAAUUGACCCAAAGCAAAACAGCAUUUCGCACCCAUUCGCACCGUGUCGCAGCUCCAAGUCGCAGUGCCCUCAAACACCCAGACACCAAUCACCCAGACAUAAUUGCCCAGACAUAAUUGCCCAAAAAUUGCCCAAAAACAAUCACCCGGAAGCAAUCACCCAAAAACAAUCACCCAAAAACAAUCACCCAAAAACAAUCACUCAAAAACAAUCACUCAAAAACAAUCGCCCACCACCCAGAAGCACCGCCCAAAGCAGCAC